UUCGUGAAGAUGGGAAAAGGGGGCAGGUUUCAAUCAGCCAUUUACCACCAGCUUCUGCAUAGCAUUGUCUAUUCUUCUACAGAAGUUGAGUUUGUUGAAUUGCUUUCAUCCAAGUACUUAAAGUACAUUGACAUUCGCUACUUUACAUACAUUACACUAGAAAAGCUUUCCAGGAAUUUGGAGACUAAAGAUAUGAGAGAUGACAGAAGUGUUGCUGAUGGCGAGGAUGGGAGGGAUUUGAAAGCUAGCAUCAAGCGCUCAAUUAGUACGAUCCAUUACAUCAUAUCACAUGUCCCUUCUGAACAGCCUGAUGAAAAGUCUGAUUGUGAGAUGUGGAGUGGUUCAGGUGAUGCUAGUGGAACAUCCGAGUCUUUAAAACCAGAAGUUGAAAAGCCUAAAAGUGAAAAGCACGAGUCUUCUGUACUGUCUGCCACCAAAAUAGCUAAGAAGAUAAAAUUGAAGUUCACGAAAGCCUGGAUUUCAUUUUUGAGGUUGCCACUUCCACUUGAUAUAUAUAAAGAGGUUCUAGUCUCUCUCCCUCAGGCAGUAAUUCCUCACCUAUCUAAUCCCAUCAUGUUAUGUGAUUUCUUAACUAGAUCGUACGACAUUGGUGGAGUUGUCAGUGUCAUGGCUCUCAGCAGUCUCUUCAUCCUAAUGACGCAACAUGGCUUAGAAUAUCCCAACUUCUAUGAAAAGCUUUAUGCACUUUUGCAACCCUCCAUCUUCAUUGCAAAGCACAGGGCAAAAUUUUUCGAAUUGCUUGAUUCCUGCUUAAAAUCACCCCUCCUUCCAGCAUAUCUGGCUGCUGCUUUUGCUAAGAAACUUAGUCGACUAGCACUUUCUGUGCCUCCAGCUGGGGCACUGGUUAUUGUUGCUCUUAUCCACAAUCUCUUGCGACGGCAUCCUUCAAUCAACUGUUUGGUGCACAGGGAAGAUGGUGAGUCUGAGGCCAAGGAUCAUCUGAAAUUGGAAGAGCAGACUGCUGGCAAUGGAAAUGACUCAACUGGCAUGCUUUUGUCUAAAAACGCGGUUUUGAUCAUUCCGGAUACUGAAGUUAAUCCUGUAAAGACUCAUGCAAUGAGAAGUUCACUUUGGGAAAUUGAUACGUUACGACACCAUUACUGUCCUCCAGUAUCAAGGUUCGUCUUAUCAUUGGAGAAUGAUUUGACAGUCCGGGCUAAGACAACAGAAGUCGCCAUUAAAGAUUUUAGUUCUGGUUCAUAUGGAACUAUAUUUGGAGAGGAGAUGAGACGAAGGGUAAAACAGGUGCCCCUUGCAUUUUAUAAAGCAACGCCCUCGUCUUUGUUCUCAGAAUCUGAUUUUCCUGGUUGGACUUUCCAUUAUGAAAAUGGGGAGAAAAUGGAUUCCAACGAUGAUGAUAUAACUACAAAUAUGACUGAAGAUCACGCUGACAAAUCUCUGAAACGUCAGCGAGUGGAAUCCUGAUGACUAACCUGAUGACUAAAAGCUCUCAUCUGCCUUCGCUGUGAUCUCAUGCAGGCAUACCUGGUCAUCACUGCCAAAGAUUUUUUGACCUAAGUUGCAGUUUAGUACCUUAUAGCAAUUUUACAGAAAUAUUUUAUCCAAAUCUUGUUGUAAAUUAACCCGAAAAGACGUGAGCACAUUAAAAAAUUGUUCGUGCAAUUCUUCUGCUCAAUAAUUUAUCUUGAUUGAAAUUUUGAAA